AAGCAAAAUUAAAUGCUGUGACUGCUGACAUGCUUAAGAAAGUAAUCAUUGUGACUUAUUGAGUGUAAGGAAAGUAAUGUUUGCCACAUAAGAUGGUGGUGAUUGAGAUGGCCGGGGCCGAGGACACCAUCUACCUGUGCAACUUUCGGGUUUCUGUGGAUGGUGAUUGGCUCUGUCUGAAAGAGCUAGCCGAGGGUGGUAACAACGUAGGGACCACCAAGGUGGAGAGGUCGGCUUCUACAUCGCCAGGGUCACCCCCACCCUCAGGUGCCUACAUACAGGUCCCUUCUGGCUCUUCUCUGCACACUGUACCCCUCUCUGAGCCGCUGAUGUUGACCAAAACAGACUCCACUUUUGAUGGCUCUCAUUCUUCAGAGAGCCCCCCUACUGCCCCCCCUGACCUAGCCAACGAAGGUGGAGCCAUGGGAGGGCCCUUAAGCGUGCUUCCAGGCCUCCCACCGGGGCUCUUCGCGCCCUAUGUGCCGCUCACCUGUGAACGGGAUCCAGUCAGCAUUGAACGUAGCAACCUUGUUAAUAUCUGCAAACUGGUGGUCAAAGAAUUGAUAGAAUCAUCACUCAAGUUUGGUCGUAUGCUAGAUUCGGACUCUGUACCUCUUCAGCAUUUUUUUAUUGUAUUAGAACACGUGCUAAGGCAUGGACUGAAGCCAAAGAGAGGUAUUUUGGGACCAAAAAAGGAACUUUGGGAUCUUUUCCAACUGGUAGAGAAGUGGAGUUAUGAAGCUCAAGACAUAACUGCUAGUGUGCGUAACCUACCUACUGUUAAGACCCACAUUGGGAGAGCACGUGCAUGGCUUCGUUUGGCGUUAAUGCAGAAGAAACUUGCUGACUAUUUUCGAUUGUUGAUCGAGAGGAGGGAUGACUUGCUAACUGAAUUCUAUGAACCUGGUGCUCUGAUGUUGGCUGAUGAAUCUAUUGUCAUUAUGGGUCUUUUGGUAGGCCUGAAUGUUAUAGAUUGUAACCUGUGUGUUAAGGAGGAAGAUUUAGACAGCCAAAUGGGCGUUAUUGAUUUUUCACUUUACCUGAGAAAUUCCGGUGCAGAUUCUAGCCCCGACGAUGUUCCAGAACAGACAGAUAUGACAAAAGUCCUUGACCAAAAAAAUUACAUUGAAGAACUUAAUCGUCAUCUCAAUGCAACAGUUACUAAUCUUCAGGCAAAGAUGGAGGCAUUGACAACUACAAAUGCACUCAUGAAAGAAGACUUGGCCAUUGCUAAAAACUCUAUCAUUCACCUUCAAGAAGACAAUGAUCGUUUGCGUAAAGACAAAGGCCUUCCUACUCAGCAACAACAAGAAGAAAUAGAGAGAGAGGCUAUGAGAGCAAACCGAAUAAGUGUCAUUGGCUGUGAAGAAGAAAUGCAGGACUUGAAAAGGCAGUUAGAGGAAGAAAGUGCCCAUCGCAAACAGGUAGAGAGAGAAUUAGAACUUCAAAUACAAAUGAAAGCAGAAAGUGAAAUGGCAGCUAAGCUACUGGAAAAGGAUAUACAUGAAAAGCAAGACACAAUUAUAUCAUUACGUCGCCAGCUUGAUGAUAUUAAAGUCAUUAACUUGGAAAUGUAUAGGAAAUUGCAGGAGUGUGAGAGCUCAUUAAAACAGAAAACAGAACUCAUCGGGCGACUGGAGGCCAAGGCUGCAGAAAUGGCUGAGACUAUACGCAAUUUGGAGUCACAGUAUGAAGAAUGCAUUGUCCAGAAAGAUGCUGCCAAGCAAACUGCACAGAAACUAAGUGACAAGUUAUCAGAUGGAGAGAUUCACUCAUCAACUGUAGAAACUGACCUUAGAAUUGAGAGGGAAUGGCGUCAGUCAUUACAGGAAACCCUUGUGAAAGACCGUGAAAUACAAGCUGAACUUCAGAGAGAAAUAGCAGAACUAAAAAAACAGAACGAUGAAUAUCAAGCCCUGAAAGGAGCUCAUGUUCAACUUAUUUCAACGGUUGAAAAUCAAGAGCGAACAUUAGAAGAACUUGGUGCUCAUUUGUCUGAGUCCAAAUUGAAAAUGGCUGACCUUCAGGAUGUAAGUAAAUCUCUGCGUGAUGCACAGUGGGCACCUGAUAAGGAGGCUACACAUUGUCGGUUGUGUGAAAAAGAAUUCAGUAUAUCAAGGCGAAGACAUCACUGUCGUCACUGUGGAAACAUAUUUUGCCAUAGUUGUAGUGAUAAUACUAUGCCCUUACCAUCCUCAGCACGACCAGUAAGAGUGUGUGAUAGCUGCCAUACUCAGCUCUUGCAACGAUACUCAAACUCAGAUAGCUGAGUAACCUGCCAAAGUGUCUAUAAGAUCUAACUAUUUUUGCAUCUCAUAUAACUUAAGUCCAUUAUGUUUCCUCAUCUAACUAGUAUAAUUGAUUUGGAGUGUCAGUGUAACAUUGAUUUCUUAAUUAUUUUCAUUAUUUUCAAGGGAUAUAGAUUGCAGUGCAUAAUGCAGGUCAAAAGUGUAGUGAUAGAGACUGAUAAUAUAGUUUUAUGGAAGAAUGAUCUAGUUUGUUAUAUUUUAGAGUUACUGGUAAAGUUUAUCGAAAGGAUUCAUCAACCUUUGUAUGGUCAUGGGGAGAAAGUUCUCUGUAUGGUGCCUCAUAUGAAUAAAGUAGAUGUGAAAAAUUGAUCCUUCCUAACAAUCUUCUAAUUCCUAUAUGAAUCCAAAGUUGUGGUGUGCUCCCAUCCUUAAAGUUUCAUUCAACCACCCGCAAAGAAGAGUAGUAUUUGCAGUUUAUGAAUGAAGCAGUCACAAGUACAAAUAGUUAUAGGUACAUGUUGUAGCUAGCUGGUUUAUUUGCUGUGAUGAAAUGAAAAAAAAGAUGUCUUAUUCAUAGCAGAUUAAGCAAAAAUGUUUUUUUAUAUGGUUUAUGACUCUUCACAUAACUUUUCGUACAGAAGCAAAUGACAAGACAAAAUGUUUUUAGAAAGAUGAAAGCUGGGUUCACGUUGUUAAGAGAACAGUUUGCAUAGUGUGUCAUUGUUUUAGAAUUAAUUUAAGAUAGAAAAUAUGCCACUUUCUCUGCACAUGGUAUACUAAUGCAUUUUUAUUUUAAAAGAUUACUAGCUAUCGCUGCUAAUGUAUUUUAUGCUCACUAAAUGUUUCCAGACAGUGCAGUUUACCAUGCUUAAAAGCUAUUUACAUUGUGCCAUGAAGGGUGUAAGUAACCUGUGUUAUACCCUUUAGAAAAUAAAAUACAUACUAUUUUAGUUACCAAGGCAUAUGUUUUUGGACAUGUUAAAUGUACUGGUGUAUGUUGUACCAAAAUAUAAAAUUACUUGCUUCCUGCAUGCACUUAAUUUAUAGAAUUUGUAAUGCGUAUGGUGUAGUUUAGUGCUGUAUGAUAGCAUUUUGUUUCAUCACAGCCCCAUCAGUCAUAUAUGCCUACAUUCAUGGUCUUCAAAUAUCCCAAACACAGCAUCAUUUUAUCUAACAGAUAGAGGAAGAAUAGUAGUAACUUGGCACAUGUGCUGUGCAAUUUUGUUAACAGCCAAGGAUUAUUCUUAAGUUAUUCCUUAUUUCUGUAAUUUUUACACUAAAAUAUUUGUGUGUUGUCCUUUUCACCUCAUCUCAUUUUCACUUUUGUUUGAUGUUUUUUUAUAUAUACCUUAACAAUUACUUUAGUGUUCAUCUGCCAGUGUCUGUCUUCUGUGUCCACAGCUUUAGACUUUCUAGUACCUUUUUGUAUGUAUAUAAUUAUCCAAUUUUUUUUCUUAGGACCAUUUGAGUUUAUGGUAUAGUAUUAUUAUGUAUUAUUUUUGGUGGUGGUAAAUUACAUUGAGUGCUUUACAUUUAUUAGGUAACAGUCAUUUAUCUAUAGUUAGAAGUUUUGAAAUUAGUCCCUUUUGUGUUAGCCAACUUCAGUCUUUUAAUAUAACACUAAUUUAGGUUUAAUUUGUUCUGUUUUGCAUUUGGAGGGUAAGUUUGGCUUUCCAUCUUUUCAUACUUUUUCACUAUUUUGUAUUCUGGACAUUUGCUACCUAAUUGCUAACAAGUAGGUGUCAUUGGAAGCCUCAAGUUUGGUUUCAAGACAGGGCUAACCCAAUCUCAAACGGAGACUGUUAUGACUUGGACUCUUUCUUGUGCCCGCUGGCCUUAGUGACUUUGGCUGAUGUCAGCUUGAAGUAGCUAAAUUUUGGAUUUUUUGUUUUUUGUCCUUUUUACUAAUUAUUUUUCAGUGAUUUUUCACUGUUUUAUCAUUGUUUUUUUUCACCAAAAAUUUUUUUUUUUUCAUAUUUAUCUGAUGGUUUUUUUAAAAAUCUAUGUAUGCAUUAACAAGGAAUCUGGUAUUAUUUUACUGGUGUCUGUCUUCUGAGUUCACAGCUUCAAACUUUCUAGUACAGUAUGUACCUUUUUGUAUGUACUAUGCACUUUUCCUGUGUUUUAGGAAAAGUUGAGUUUAUGGUGUUGUGGUUUUUUGAAAUUAUAUGUUUAGUGCUUUACAUUAACUAGAUGACAAUUGGUUGGCUAAUAGACAUUUAGGAGUUAGUUCCAUUUUGUGUUAGCUGACCUUAACCUUUUUAUAUACUAAUGUAUUUAUUUAGGUUUAAAUUGUUCUAUGUUGAGUUUGGAGUGUAAGUUUGGCUUUCCAUCUUUUCAUACUUUUUCACCAUUUUGCAACAGGACUUUUGCUCCAUGAGCACUAACAAGUAGGUGUUACUAACCUUUUGCAGUAUGUCAUUUAUCAAAAUGCAGUUCUGUUCACAUGUGAAUGCAUUCAUGGGUAUCAAGAUCGCAACAAGUAUAUUUUUUGGGGGCUUAAAAUCACCAUUGUUUGGAAGUAUAUGAAAAACUUCAACUUGUAGUACAAAAUAGGAUUUUGUAGACUACUUUAAUUUUGGAUCUAGCACAGCUUUAUGCCAUAUAAAAACUACAGUAUUAUUUAUCAAUGGCUGUCUUAUGAAUUACUAUAUGAGAAAAGUUUUAUGAAUCAUUUAGAUAUUAAAUAGUUAGUCAUUGGAAGUAGAACAAUGAUACAAAUUAAAAUUAUAAUUUACCUUUCCAGAAUAUCAUCAUAAGUACUUUCAGAUAUCCAUACAUACUGCAUUGCAUACUUUUAUAUAAUUUAUUCACAGAACCUGAUGAUGACUGUGAUUGCUUUGUUCAGGCUCAGCAAGAAUGUCUCUGAUCUCUCCUUUUUGACUGACAUUCCUAGCAGGAUCCCCUAGUGGGAGAAGUUGCUUCAUCACCGUCACUUUCAGUAAUUCUAAAUGAAACUUGAAAUGUUAAGAGCUUCACUCCAAGAGACUAUCCUGAGUCACAACAGUAGAGGUCCUUAGCAGAGGGAACCAAAACUAACACCAUUACUUGCAGAUUUUAAGCCAUAAACCUCUUCUAAGGAAAGUGGGGCCAGUUUUUAACUAGUACAGUGUGGGAGAUGUUAGUCUUGUCAAAUCUGCUAUCCUUCUGAUAGAUUUUUUUCUUUUAGUUGUCAGUUUCAGCCAUCUAGAGCUGUUGGUCCACUAUCUUGCAAGUUUUUGAGCUUUGUGUACUAGAUGUUGGUUGUUCGGUAGAUCUUGAAGGUUUAUUUGGUAGUAUUUUGAAAGUCUUCCUCAGUAUUUUGAGAAGGUGGGUCCUCAAACUAUGUCCAAGUAGUAUCCUAACUGGGAUCUCACCAAUCCUUUGUAUGAUCCUUUACACAUGGUAUUACAGCUGAGAUCUCACCAAUCCUUUUACACAUGGUAUUACAGCUUGAAUGGUAUUACAGCUUGAUAUAAUAUUAAAUUCAGUUUUUCUCAUGAGUUUGCAUAUUUGAAGUGGAGCAGUGAAGUUUGUGCUCUCUCUGGUAGAAGCAAACAUUCUGAAGGCAGGAGUGACAGAGACUUAUUGUUUGCAGCUGACUUAUUACCAAUUCAGACCCAAACUCCAGCCAGAUAGGGCCAUUCUACAAUACCUUUUGCUAUCAGUCAUUUUGUUUCUAUCAUCAGUAAUAAGGAGGCUCAUCAUCUUUGCCUGGUAAGAGUAGUUUGUCAAUAUUUCAGGAUGAUUGUAAAUUCUAGAAUCAGUACAUGUGGUUUUUUCUCAGUGCAUUUCAGUCCAAGAAGCAGGACUCUUCUGGCUCAGACAGGUUAUUCUUAAAGCUGCUUACAGCAAUGGGCAGAGUGACAGAUGACAAAGUUGUGCAGAUAAGAGUUCUAGUCUACGAGAUCAGAGCCCUGUCUUUUUAUUUGGUUUGUAAAUGUAGAUUAGAUGUGAAUACUAUUUUAAAUGCAAGUACUUGGAGAUGCCAGUCUUCCUUAGGCAGAUUUUACCUCAGGGAUGUAAUUUUUAAAUGGGUGGCCACUUAUUCUCGGAGAACAGUAGUUGCAGCAGGUUAAUUCUCUCUAAUUCUCCCUUCUCUUAUAUAUGACAUAAUGGAGAGGUAGACUACUUUAAUGGGUUCGUACUCUUUCAUAACAACCCUCCUAAGUUAUCAGAACCUUGAGUUCCUGACCUAUCAUAGUCCGUAAGUGCUCAUCUGAAUCCUGCAGGUCUCAGUUACCACACUGGAUCAUUCAGCAACUCGGGUCUCCCAUCUAAAUUCCUUUUCAGGCAUAUAUGAGUGAUGAGGUUAUGAUGAAAGAAAACAGAUUUUUCUUUGAAGCAACAUUGGUUUUUUUUCCUAUAAACUCCUCUCCCAUAUGGUUUCCUGCCUCCCAGCCUCACUAAUCUCUUGGAGCUUGAUAUGUUGGAUAUUUGAAAAGCGAGGCUUCAUUCUUCUUUUGUUUGUUUGGUAAAAGAAUGUAGGGUCUCAGACAUUCAAAGACCAUUAAUGUGAGCAUAAUGAAGCAAUGACUUUGUAUGAAAAAGUUUUGUUUCAUUUAAAAAUAUAUAUUUUGUAAAAACAGAAAAUUAAUCAAGUAUUAUCAAGAACAAAAUGUACUAUAUUGCAUGUUUACCAGAUCCAGGAGUGCAGUUUGUGAUUGUGAUGUUUACAGCUUAUUCAGUAUAGUAUUAAUAAUUAUUAAUUACUGCUGAUCUAGUUGCAAGGAGGAACAAUCAUCUCUAAAAGCUGGUUAUAUUGUUACCAUAUAGUUUAGACCUCUUCCUUGUUUUAAAGCUUGUUAUAGCAUUACAUAUACUUGUUUGUAUCCAUCUAGUUUAUGAAGAAUGCUUAAGAGCAACUGUCUUUAGGAAGUCAAAAACUACAUUGUAUGUACUGUAUAUGGCUUAAGAGAGUAAGAUGUUAAAGUAUUUGUAACGACAAAACAUGAAACUUAUCAUGUAACCAAUGGAAAGGGAUGUAAGUGUAAAUUGCAAUACAAUUCUUGCUCUGUUUGAUGAACUUUAGGUAUUUAAAUUGAAAAUUAUCCAACAUCAGCUGAUGUGAAAGUACUGACGUAUUAACUUACCUGUGUGAUUAUCAAGAGCCCCAGUGUUUUAUUAAUGUAAUGCACUUUCUCAACAGUCAUCAGUAAUUCAAUAUUGGAUUUACUUUCACACAUUGUUGUGCUUGUAUUGCGAUUGUAUGCUGUGUUGCAAUCAUUGCAAUCAUACAUGAUGUUGCCAAACAAAAUUAAAUCCCUUAUUUUUUCUUUUUGCUUUUUCUCAGAAAUAAAUACUGUAGAGAAACCCUGUUGAUACUGUUAGUGAUUCAGUAUUGGAAAAAGUAUAGGUUUCUAAAACUCUCUCAUACACAACUUAUCUUGGUAUACCUGAGGUGCUCCUGGAUAUUUGAACAUUUUGCUGUAUUGAUAAUGACCCAUUACUGCACUGACAUGAUCCACCAAAAUAAUUUUCAAGACAAAAUUACUUGAUUUAAUUGUAAACUUCACAGCAGUGUACUUUUCUUUUACUGGUUGAAAAGACAUUUCACUGUACAGGCAGUCCCCGGGUUACCGGGGGGUUUUCUUUCCCGGCUGGGUGCUGGAAGCCAAAAAUCGCCUUAACCUGAAUCAUCAUAAUUAUAAUGGGAAUAAAUAGCAACAGCGCUGUAAUUAUGGGUUACAGCGCCAUAAAGCAGGUUAACAAUCCCAUGAGGCAAGUUCCUUAAGUCUGGAACGACUUAACCCGAGACUGAAGUACGGUAACCCGGGGAUUGUCUGUAAAAUCAUAGUAUAUCCUAUGGUUAGGAAUUCUUUUCUAAAUAGUACAGUUAUAAAUUAAUUUGUCAUUUUCUGCUAAUGCUAUUCAAAGAAUAAUGUUGUCCAGUCCAUUGGAGUAUUUGAAAAAUGGAAAUUCUUGCCCGUCUUGUAUAUUUACAACAAAAGUAGGAUGUAACAAACAUUUCAUUAAAUGCAUAUGUCAUCAAUAACAGUGAUGUACCAGCCAGAAUUAUUAAUGAGGUAAUAUAUAUUAGUUUAUCUAAUACAGAAGUCUUUCUGUAAUUUGGAUGUGUAUUUAGUAUGUUCACCCUUGCACUUGCUGUCAAAAAAGUUAAGUUUUAUCUAUUUCACUUGUUUAUAAAAACAGCAUGAAUGAUAGAUUUUUUUAAAAUUUUAUGCUACUGAAUUACAGUAUAGUAAAACAGUUAUAAAGGAUAGUUCAACCAGACAGUCAAGUUCAAAUAUGUAUUGAUACACAUCUGUUAUACUAUAUGUACUAUUUUUUUAAUCAUUAGACAUCCAGCACAAGAGAGUCUUGAAUACGUAUUUAUAUAUUUUUUAUUAAAAUUUUAUAAAAACAAAUUUACUAGCAACUUUACUAAUUCUUACAGUAACAAGUUUCAUUGUUUAAUUUAUGAAUUAAUUGUUAACAAGAUCCGUUGACAAGCUUCAGUGGUUAAUUUACUGUCACCUGUUAGGGGGCAAAGCAAUUUUUUCAUAUGUCUGCAAACUACUACAUGCAGAAUAAAUAGACAAGAACAUUAUCAAUUAAAAUAGCAAUGAUGUUACCAAUAAUUCCCUUUAGUGUUCUGAACAUUUCAGAUUUAUUCUUCAAGUUUUUUGUGUAAUGCUUGAUUUCAUGAAAUCGGCUAAAGAUUAAUGUGAAAAGUAAUACGUACAUAUUUGCAGAAUGGAAAAAACAAUUAUUGGUAUGCCUUAGGUUUGAAGAGAAAAUUUAUAUUAACAGGGGAUAUGUGAAUAUAAUAGAUGUGGAUCAAACAGUACGUAUAAAGGGACAGACUCAAAAACAUAGUGGUAACUUUAUGAAAUUUCUAUUUGUAUAUAUUUUUAGAAAAUGUGGACAAAGUUUUCCAUUAAAUUGAAUUGACGUAUUUGAAUAACUAACCUACAUAUAUCAUAUAUCUUUGUAAUUAUGUGAUUACAGUGUAUGAUCCAUAUCAGUAUGUAUGCCUCAUAAUAUUACAAAGUAAAGAAAAAAAUUAAACCUCAUGAUGAUUCUAGUGAAUGCUUUAGGGGCUGUAAAUAAAAUACCAAUGUUUUACCCUAAUUAGUGUACUAGUAUACAUACUAGUUUCAUUUACUCGAGCAUCUGCAGAGUGCUUGUUAAUUACUCCCUGGGGGCCUUUCUCUCCCGGAAACAUGAAUACGUAUUACCUUUAUAAGGCUCAGUCUUUCUUUGUUGAAAAUUUUUGCAGGCUCCUUAAAGACCAUGAUUUCCAUUAUCAUAUUUCUGAUAUGAAACUGAUUUUUCUUAGUUGCAAAUCUUUAUUUCUUGAAGAAGAACCUUCUUUCUUACAUCGAAGAUAGGCAAAGCCAUGGAGGAUGACACUGGCUUAAGCACUAGACCAGAUAAUAGAACCUUCUCUCUACUGGUCCUGACUCACAUUGAACAGAGCAGUGAAACAGUACUUACUUGUACCAAUUCUUUCUGGCUACAGUUAUUAUGCAAAAAAUUCUAGUUAUUCUUUUCACAGCAAGGAACUUCAAGUAUAUAGUUAUUCCCCUUUUGCAGAAAGAUUCUCCGGACAUCUCUGUCAUCAUUCAGUAGUGACUUGAUUAAGAGCAACUAACUUGAACAUGCACUGUAACUCAAAGGUUAUAAUUCCAGUGUUACUUAGAGGGAAUGCAUUCCUUUUGUGAAUAAAAAUAUUUUAUUAUGGAGAUGUAUUGUACAGAUUAAAGUAAGUUGGACAAUAAAUUAUUCAUCAUAGAUUGGAUAGGAUUAAAGAUUAGUUUAAACAGACCUCUGAGCCUAAAAAAAGGCUCCCAUGAAUUAACCUGAGAAAAAAGCUAGACUAUUAAAAAAACCGACUUUGCUUAGGAAUAUGGUAACUUUGUUAAGUGAGAAAUCCCUGUCUCCAGUGAGAAUUCCUGACAUUGUUGGAUCUCGAAAAUAAAUGCGUCUGCUGAAUCCAAUUUGAGCAAACUUAUUUUUAUACGAGGGUUGUGAAAUGAAUAUUGACAUGUAUCCAGGGUGUAACUGGCAAUACAACAUUAAUAAUUUUAUGUGAAGAAUAGUCAUGUGAUAAACAUUAUGGAAGACAAAGAUGAUUACUAAUUAGUAGUCACUAUAUGUAUAUUAGGUACUAUACUCUAUGUUUAAUGAAAAUAGAACUUACAUUUACAUAAAGUAUAGAACUUACAUUGACAUAAAAUAGAACUUACAUUGAUGUAAAAGGCCAUAGAGUGUAUGACCUAUUAUUUUUACCUAAUCCUAAGUAUCCAUAGUAAUAUGCACCUCAAUUUACUAGACUUUUAUCUUAUUAAAAUCAGAAAUUGUCCGGAAAAGUUAAAAAAAUUUGGAAGUCUGUGGAAAAAAUGAUCUUUUCAUUAAUGGAAAAAUCUGGUACGUAAUUGUGCAAGACAUUCAGAGGUGAAUGUGACCAAUGUUUACCUGUGUAAACCUGUAAGAUUUUAUUCUUUGUUGCCAGGGCAAUUGGGUCAUCAUGUUAUGUGCUCCACUGCUCUUACUAUCUCAUUAUCUGUACAUCAUAAGGAACUUGCUCUCCACUUUGGAAAUGUUAUUUAUUUCCAUUUUUUUGAGCAGUUUUGGUAAUUUUCUAUGAUUUUUUUGUGUAAUUACACUUGUAUUAAAAAAUUGAGACAUACAGAAUAUGUAUGUAUAUAUUGUAAUUUAGUACUACUGAGAGUGAAUAUUGCAUCAAAUUGAUUUAAAUGGUUGUUCAUAAAAUUAAAAACCAGGUUUGAUAGUUGUUAAUUACACUUGCCUGCCUCAACAAAAGUGUUGUCUUUUGUGAGUUCUUUUUCCAAGUAUGUACAGUAAAUGGGAGGUAUGCUUUAUAAAAUGUCAGUCAUUAUUGGUGAUGAAGGGUCUCUUUGAAAGUGCCUGACUUUCCAUAGCUGAAAAAAAUUGCACGGAGACUUGUAACCUUUGCCUUUUUUUCUAGCCUUGUAGAUCUCUUUUACUAUUGUGCCUCAUACUGUAUUGCUUAAAAAUAUAGUGGCAGCAAAUUAAUAAGUCUCAUACAGGACCAUAAGCAUUUCUUCAAGAACACUAGUGUUUAGGGAGUAGGAACCAUGCAGUGUUCUCAAGUUGUGGCCUUAAUCAAUGAUGUAAUAGGAAGUGUAAGUUGUAACUGUAAGAUAAUUUCACUUUUAAAAGUGCUACUAUGCCAUACGCAUUGCAAAUCUUUUCCCAGCUUUGGUGUAUGUGAGUUGAAAUUUGUUAAGCAAAUGACAAGAAAUACCAAUUCGCCAUUAGUUUUUCUUAGAAAGUUCUCGUUUAUAUCAACCAUGUUAUUAAAAGUUGUUUGUCAUAAGUUGCAGAUAUUUCUGGAUUAGUGCUUUUUAGCAUAUAGGUAAUUUAUGUGUAACCAUGUGCUGUAGAUAUAAAAGUGGAAAUGGGUCAGAGGUUCUUUACCGACGAAUGUGAUCAUGUACUUUAGACUGGACAGAAAAAUUAUGAUAGGAAACUUAGAAAAAGUUAUAUCUUAAUAAAAAAUUAAUGUCUUUUACAAUAUCCUGGACUAUCUAGACCAGGUUUACCAUUGGUGUGCAGUAGUUUCUUCAGUCAACAUGUGCAGCUGUACAUAGAAAGUUUUACAAUGUUGAUACUGUAAUUAAUGUAUGACUUACAGAGACAAGGGUUUAUCACUGUCAUUUUCCACUGCCAAGUCCAUAUUUUUGAAGAUGGACAAUUCCCCAGUAAUUUUAGAGUAACCUGGAAACUUAUUUUUUACUGUUGUUAGUAUCUUGUGAGUGUCCCAUGUAUAAUGUGGUCUAUGAAGGGCCUUCAUCUCUGAGGCAGAAACGAUGACCCAUCAUGUGUAGCUCAUGAGGGGGUGUUUUAGACAAAAUUUCCCUAGAUCAGCAUUCUUUUUGUUAUCUAUAAAGCAUUCAGUUUGAGUACAUUAAAAGAAUGCCUGAGUUUGAUGUCUAGAGAGUACUUAAUACAUUUUAGCAGCAACAGUUACUAAGUACCGAAGGGGUUCCUUUUUAUUGCAGUUUAUGUAAUUGACAAGACUUUUCAACAAUUGACAAGGAAGUUUCACUGUACUGAAUCACUUCACAUAAGUGUAAUCUUAAGUUAUUUUUUUUAAGCUGUGUAUUAACUACCAUGACAUUUAUGAGGGUUUUGAUAAAAUGUAUACAAUUUGUUUAGUUUCAUGGCUGAUCAAUAACAGGAUCAUCACAGUUUAUAUGAAAUCUUUUAAUAUAGCUCAAUUGAAGUUUGUCCACUUUUAGUUGAGUACAUUCUUGUACCUUUAUAUAUUUUUUGGAUAAUUUGUCACUCAAUGUUAAAAUGAAUGAAAAAUUGCCCAAAUAAAGGGUGUAAGAAAAAUAUUAAUUAUUAAACAAAUUUAAGGCAAGAGAAUAGUCAUAACAGUAUAUUGUUGGUAAUGUUAAAUAAUGAUAGAAGAUAAUAAUAAUCAGAAGGGGAGAGCAACAUAAGGUAAAUGCAUUUAGUAACAGUUACCAAAUAUGCUACAACAUGAGAAAAAGUCAAGACUAACUGAUGUA